UCAGAAUUAACAGUAUUGUUUGUAAGGGAACGCCACGAUAUUUGUUAAAUAUUUAAAUUAAAUAGGUUUUAAAUUAGCUUUCCAACUAAAUAAUAAGAUAAAACGACAUCAUGUCGUCCCAUUUGAGUACCAGAGACCGACUACUGUCACUAAUAGAUGACAUAGAAUUGAUUGCAAAAGAGAUGAUAGAAGUGUCCAUAGCCCCGAAAUCUCAGAAAUUGUCAGCGGCGGACCAUGCACAAUUGACUGAUCUUCUCCUUGCUAAAGAUGGCGAGUUGAAGAAAACGCUGGAGUUAGCAGAAGAACAAGCUAAAAUACAACAGAAAAUGAAUGAGCUUAAAGCAGAAGUGGAUAAUAAGGAUCAAGAUAUCUAUCAUCUACAAAGACAAUUAAAAGACGCUGAACAAAUCCUGGCCACAUCACUGUAUCAGGCAAGGCAGAAACUUGCAUCCAUAGUGAAGUCAAGGAAGCGGCCUGUACCAUCCGAAGAGCUGAUCAAAUUUGCACACAGAAUUAGUGCAUCAAAUGCAGUCAGCGCUCCAUUGUCAUGGCAGCCCGGUGACCCUCGGAGACCAUAUCCCACAGACCUUGAGAUGAGGCUGGGAAUGCUGGGACGGCUCUGUGACUUGCCACUAAAUGGCCACACUCCAUCUACACUCAACGAUCUUCACAGGAUCACCACCGGCGGAGCUGUACCAUCAACUCAAACAAACCAGUUCACGUGGCACCCGUCAGGCGAGCUGCACAUGUCUGUCGGGGGCGGGAACUCGGUGGCUAUCGACGGACGCGGGAAGGACGCUCCUACUCAGGAGGAUGUUGAAGUCAUGUCCACUGACUCCAGCUCAAGUUCUAGUAGCGAUUCCCAAUGAAUACCACAUUAUGUGCAGUCGGAACACAAUACAUAUUCUUGACGUACACAUUUUUGAGUAUGGACGUGGAUCUUGUACUAUAUAAUCGUAUAUAUGCGUACGUAAUUAACGUGUGCGUUUGUGUGCGUGUUGCAGGAUUUCAAUACGAACACCGUGAAUGUAAACAGAUUUACGUAUUUACGUGUCCUUUGGAUAUAAUGGUCUGCUGAAAAUAUAUAUUUACAUAAAAAUCAAUGUUUGACAGCAUGUCCAGUGGGCUUUGCACCGUAAGCACGCGACUCUUUCUCGCCGCGACAGAGAUCAUCUGUCUCUUUCUCUGCAGUACUGUGAGAGAGUGACGGGUGACGUGUGUCGAGGCGAGAAAGAGUCGCGUGCUUACGGUGAAGUAGGUAAGAAUUGUUUUCGAAAUUAUACUGAUAAGUGUUCCAUUAGUGGCGUUUUGGUAGUCUUUUUGCGUGAAUUGUGUAAUUGAGCCAAGACUCAGUGGUAAUGCAAGGAAGACUUACCUACUAUUACAAUUCUAUUUAAUUGUAAACUUUACUUAAUUAUAAAUUAAAUAUAAAUUAUAAACUGUA